UUUAAGUACGUUUCUGUUCUCCGGGGUCCAUUCUUCAUGCAUCACUUGCCAAUAUCUUUGCAUAUGAAGGCCUAAGUAGCACAUUGGUUGAGCCAGGGGCGCUGUGCAGCGAGCGCCAGGGAGAAAUUCGGAGAUUACGAGCAGCUCCGUCCAUUCAGCACCACGGACAGAAGCCAGCGCGCUACAAUUUUCAACGCUCAACUCUCCCUCCGGUGCCUCUGUGGGCGUUGUUUUAGAGCCGCUGAUUCGGGAGGAACGUGGGAGCUGUCAUUCCUAAGACACAUUUGCUGGAGCCAGCAUCGGCACUGACACUAACGCUGUCGUCUCCAGCAGAGAAAUUACAAGUGUUCGGAUUAUGUGAGUUUAAACGAGCACUCCUUAAAUGAAUGCUGAAAUGCUGCUUCCAGUAAUACCAUAUUUUCAAACGCGUUGGGUCUUAAGGGGAAAAUUGGACGGCAAUGUCUGCAAGUGAACACGCUGGUCACAAAAUCGGAUUUUCAAUACACAAAAAAAUAAUUGAAGAACAACGGAUGGACUAACAGCGGAAGAUAAGCAUUUACUGGAUUAACAGAAGGAACGUUUUCUUAUUGACGCUCUUUUCAUACUUGUCUCUAUAUGUAUAGGAACCUUGGAAAAUAAUGUCUACCGAAUUAUUUUGUUUAUAAAUUAAAAAUAAUGGCGUAGCUUGCCAUUAUUUUCGCAGAAAAGUCGAUUUGUUUAUGAUAUCCAUGCUUCUCUUUGCCGUCUCAAUGGUUCCCUCUCAAAAUUAACGUGAUUCUGGUACAAACCGUAUGGUGGACAGUGGGAAAUGUGUUUUGUAAAUCUGCAUUUUACGUUUUUCUAAACGUCUUCCUUCCAGUCUAACAUAUGAAGACACUUGCUUUGGGCGCAAACUGAUACACGGUCGUUUAGAGUUCCCUUACUGCUGAUAUCAGAAGUUGAGAGGCUGCAACAGCGACAGGGGAGAAAGCCUUCACAUCUCCGAAAUUAUGGUAUGUGUUUUUGAAGUCGUUUGGUGUCAAGCGUCAGCAAACCAGGACGUCUCUCCCCACUGAAUUACUCUUCGUACCUUCGUAUCGUUUUCUCUUCCUGAAAUGAAGCAAAAUGAUGAUGUGUGACCGAGGAGUUCAAAUGCUAAUCACCACUGUGGGGGCUUUCGCCGCGUUCAGUCUGAUGACAAUCGCGGUGGGAACGGACUACUGGCUGUAUUCAAGAGGGGUGUGCAGGGUCAAAUCAGCCAACGACAACGACACCAGCAAGAAGAAUGAAGAAGUGAUGACCCACUCGGGGCUGUGGAGAACCUGCUGUCUUGAAGGGACUUUUCGUGGUGUCUGCAAGAAGAUUGAUCACUUCCCUGAAGAUGCGGACUAUGACCAGGAUGCAGCAGAGUACCUACUGCGCGCCGUGCGAGCCUCCAGUAUCUUCCCCAUCAUGAGUGUGGGUCUACUCUUCAUGGGCGGUCUGUGUGUGGCCGCCAGUGAGUUCUACCGCAGUCGCCACAACGUCAUCCUCAGCGCCGGGAUCUUCUUUGUCUCUGCAGGCCUGAGCAACAUCAUCGGGAUCAUCGUCUACAUCUCGGCGAACUCGGGCGACCCUGGCCAGAGCGACUCCAAGAAGAGUGGCUACUCGUACGGCUGGUCCUUCUACUUCGGCGCGCUCUCCUUCAUCAUGGCCGAGAUGGUGGGCGUGCUGGCCGUGCACAUGUUCAUCGAGAAGCACCGUAAGCUGCGCGCCAAGUCCCGCACCGAGCUCAUCAAGAAGUCGUCGGCGUCGGCGUUCGGCCGCAUCCCCAGCUACCGUUACCGCUUCCGUCGCCGCUCCAGCUGCCGCAGCAGCGAGCCGGCCUCGCGCGACGCCUCGCCCAUCGGCAAGGGCGGCUACACGGGACCCGCCGCCGCCGACAUCUCCAUGUACACGCUGUCGCGGGACCCCAGCAAGUCGGCCAUGGGCGCACUGCUCAACUCCGAGAGGGAGUUCCUGCAGCAGCAGGCGGCCGCCGCGCACAACUCCAACUCCAAGGACUUUAAAGAUGCCGCCAACAGGAGGACCACCCCUGUUUGAAACGAGUGAGAAAGAGGAAGAGAAAGAGAGAGAGAGAGAGAGAGAGAGAGAGAGAGAGAGAGAGAGAAAUAGACAGAGAGAGAGAGAGACAGUGAGAAAGAGAGUGUGUGUGUGUUCGAGAAAGAGACCAGCAUAAAAACCAUAUAGGUUAAUAAGGGUUAGUCUGAGCGCUAUAAAAUGCAUUCAGACUCAUUCAUCUGAGUUGGUUCCAAAGGCCUAUACCCUAACAGCAGCCAAAGGGAAGGCCACUAGAGGUGGACAGGGCUGCUACCCUCUUUCUGUAACACUCUAUUUAAAUAUAGAUGGUAAAUGUUAGAUCAUUGGUGCUUCCUUUUUAUUCAGUCUCUUUUUCAGCCACCCUUUCAUUUUAUUCUGUUUUUUCUUCUUCUCCUUCUCUCUCUCUCUCUUUCCUCCACCUGUAGUCAAAUUCAAAACACAUCCUUCCCUCCCCAAGGGCUACUUGGAUGGAACAAAGUCUUCUCCCCCUCCUUUUUUGUCUCACGUUGUCAAAGUAGCUCUGAUGUUUCUCUCGUUUUGUUUUGGAUUUCAGAUAUUGUAUAUUGUACGUGGUGGCUUGGGUUAUUUCAUAGAGAGAUGCACAAACCUGCUGGGGCCUCCUCCUCAGGGGUGGGGAUGGGGGGAGGGCGGAGGCUAACGUCUGAGUUCAUCCCCUCCCCACCCCCGCUGCGCCUUACGGGACAGUUCAAUAGCUCUUUUUUUGGCUGGGGAAUGGUACACCUCUCGCUCCUAGUAAUUGUACGCAGCAGUGACAAAAUAAACAGAAAGAAAGACAGACAGACAGACAGACAGAAAAAAGGAGAGAAAGAAAGAAAGAAAGAAAGAUAAAUAAAUAAAAUAACACUAGUUGGUUUCUAUCGCCUCUGUCUCCAAGGGACAGGCCGGUGUUUUGAGAAAUUCCAACCCCAGCCCAAGAAUCACUGUGUUCUGCCAUCACCCAUCGCUAUCCUCCCAAAGCCCUGGCACCAGUUCGGCUGGCGCGCCACUCUUCCCAGUUUUCCAUGCCAUCCCCACCGGGGGUGUUUGGGGUUUGCAGCCUCCACUAUCCCUUCAUUCUCUCUUCUCUUCGCUGCAGAGAAGAGACAUUGUGUCGGCCAUUUUAUUCAUCGUGAAAAGUAGCUCUCACUGUGCGACCUCUGACAGCAAAGCCCAUUGGCAAGACACCAAAAAUGUGCGGGGAGAAAAGUUUUACCAAUGGAGUCCCUGAAAUUGUAUCAAAUAUUUACACGAGCAAAAAGAAAGAAAAGAAAAACUCCCAAGAAUUGAAGCUGAGCCAAGAGUCAACACUUCAUUUAUCAGAGAUCUAGAGUAUGCAGGAACAAGAUGUAUUAGCCUAUGGAACAAUCCGGGAUGCGUCCAGGCUUCUCUGUCAUGGAGUGACAUACACUGGACGUGUCGUUGAUCUGACUUGACUGAAGCUCUUUUUUAAGCUCUCCAGGGUUCACUACACAAUGUGUGUUAGCUAAACCACUGUGUCUUUUAUUCUGUUAAUUUGUACUCAUAUGCAUUGCAGUGUGACCAUCCUCCAGUCACCUUCCUUUUUAAAGCAUCUUCCUUAUUUUCAAAAAAAAAGAAGAACAGGCAAUGAUGCUGCCCAAUUCCAAGCUUGUAAUUAGGUUCCUUGUAAUUUAUGACGCAAUAUUUAUGAUGAAGCAUUUGUUGUGGGAUUCAGGUUUUGGGUCAAUUUAAAUUAUCUAACUGUUCCUAGAGAUGAUUAUUAUCGUUAAGUUGUUAGAGAAAGUCGUGUUUGUUGGUGAUGCGUUCACCCAUUUAGUAGUUGAAUCAGUUUUUUAUCUCCAAUGGUAACAGAACUGGGGUGACGGGUGGAUGGGUGUUUUUGAAAAAAAAAAGUGGGAAAAAAAAUCUACCAGAGGGGUAUUAACUCACUUCAAAGGCCGUUAUCAGGGGAGGUAGUCUGCACUGUGGGGUCGUUUCUGAGCAUUUACUGUAAUUUGCCAAAACUAGACACUACAAAACUGUUUUCUAGCAUAUUCUUUGUGUAGGGCAGAGAGGAUUAUAUGUGUCCUCCAUGGGUGCUCUGCUUAAACUCACAGCCAUAGAAACUAACUGUGGGGGGGAUCUGAUCCUUCGUCCAGAGAGAGAAAGAGAGAGAGAGAGAGAGAGCAAUGUUUGUUAGCAUCAUGUGAACAGAGUCUGAACUGGACCGAUUGGACUUUCAUGUCUUUCAUGUUCCGAAGCCUGACGGAGACUGUUCAACCAGAGGGAGGUUCUUGUGUCUCCCAAGUUUCCCCUUAUCCUUGUUCCCUAAAACAACACAAUGAUUUAUAUUCUAUAUCAAGUUAAUAAACAACUUUGCAGAAUUAAAUACACUUAAUCAGAGUAAUAAAGGCAUUGUAAAAUCUUUAA